CCCAGUACCUCUCACACUGACACAGAAGCUUCUAUCUCCAGUGUUUGGGACCAAGACAGGACCACAAUGAGAAAUAUGCUUAGUCUGACCUUGGUGGUGGCUGCGUGUGCGUGGUAUGCGUUGGCUGACGUCCCCAUUCAGCCGGACUUCAAGGAUGACAAAAUUACAGGAAAAUGGUACAGCUUUGGAAUGGCUUCCAAUUCCAACUGGUUCCAAGCCAAGAGGGGUCACAUGAAGAUGUGCACCACCAUGAUAACACCCACUGCUGAUGGGAACCUCGAGGUCGCUGCUACAUAUCCCAAACUGGAUCGCUGUGAGACUAAAACCCUGAUUUACACCAAGACUGACACACCAGGCCGCUACACCUCCAAAGGCAUUCGCACCGGUAGCACACUGGACAUUAUUGUAGUUGAAACAAACUAUGAAGAAUAUGUCAUGCUAUACACCGGCAUUAUCAAAGGCUCAGAAGUUUACACCAUGGUGACUCUUUUCGGAAGAACCAAGGAAAUGCGUCCAGAGCUGAUAGAAAACUUCAAAAAGUUCUCCCAGGACCAAGGACUGAGUGAAGACAACAUUCUCAUCCUCCCUCACACCGAUGAAUGCAUGACAGAAAACUAGACGAUCGAAAGACGCACCGCCUGGCCUUUCCUCUAGAUGGCGUGCACGUAGUGAGCUGCAAUAGUACCAUGCUUUGUUCAAUAAAUAAAAAUCUGCAUGAAUCUCUGA